UGCUAAACACCCCACCUUUACUAUAUCAGAUGAAUCAACAACAGAUCAUCUGCUAUUGCAGUACAUGGCUGCUACUGUGGGCUUCAACUGGUUUUUUAAUGCCACGGAAUACUUCUCAUCAGAGGUCCAUUAAGGCAGAACCCGGAUCUAGAAGGAGUAAAGUCCUCUUCUAUCUCCAUGUUGGUUUUCAGAUGCUUUCAGUACUUCUUGCCACAGUUGGAGCUGCAAUGUCCCUGAAAAAGUUUGAAAAUUCAUUUGAUAACAACCAUCAGAAGUUAGGCCUGGCACUUUAUGGUGCUAUAUUGGUGCAAGGCUUGAUUGGAUUUUUCAGACCACACAGGGGAAAAAAAGAGAGGAGUUAUUGGUACUUACUACAUUGGAUACUGGGAACAAUAGUUUCUCUUGCGGGGGUCAUCAACAUUUACACUGGUUUGAAAGCCUACCAUAAGAGAACCUUAAAAAGCACCACACUUUGGACUAUCCUUUUCACUGUGGAAGUCACUAUCAUUGGAUUGGUUUACCUCUUCCAAGACAAAGUGGAAUAUAUGAAAAAGCAAGGAGUGAUUAUAGGAAGUGAGUCGUCAAUUCUGUCAUCUAUCCAAGACAUUCCUCAAAGCCAAACUCAAAAGGAGUUGUUACCGGUUGCAUGUGGAAGAAAGAGAAAUGCACUUGAGAAUUUGUUUGACUAAUGACACUUCUUUCUCUCUCUUUAGAUUACAUUUUUUAGAGGGUAUUGGUUUGUUUUCACUUUGGUUUUUGGUGCCUGCACUUUAUGCAAGUGGGAGCUGAUUUUAUGAAGAUAGAGUGCAUUCAUCAAAAGGUGAAGUUUGAUUGGUGUAUGUUAUCUCUUUUCUUGUAUUUUUUCUAUGCACAUACUUUCACAUGUAUUACGAAUAUUAUAAGUGUGCGUGUGGACACUGACCACAGAAUGUAUAGACAGUUGUGGAAGCAGUCUUUGAAUAUUUGAAUAUGAUUUUGGAAUACAUGAUUAGAAGCAA